ACAGGACUUGUCUAGUGUUGCCGAAAAAACCAAACUGUCGACCGUACUAUCGAAAGUAUUGAAAGUAUAGAAAGCUAUCGAUAGUCGACGACUAUUACUAUUCAUAAAAUCACCGUUCUCGGAAACUGCUGUUGGUCGCUUUGGAUUCCGAAUCCAAAAAUUAGUACGUGGGCGCUAAUCUACUAUUACGGAAUUCCGAAACUAAAAACGUCAUCAGUAAUCCUGAUUCGGAAACCAAAACGUAUUUAUGCGACUGCUUAAAAACAGUGUAUCUAGUAGUUCUACUAUUACCAAACUAUCGAUCAUCAGCAUCUGCAACACUAGUCUUGUCAUGGUGGUCAUGGCAUGGCUUGUGAGAAUCACUCGUAAUAAAUCGUAAACAACCUCUCAAAGUGUUGAAUUAGAGUAAAAUGAAGCCAGAAGCGGAGAAGGAAGAGCCGGCAGCCGCGGCGCCCGUCGCUGGAGACGUCAUUGGGAAUACCGCGUACAGUGAACGAUUCGUACUCAAGAUCUUACUGAAACUCGCCAAUUUAGACACCCUCAAAGAUGAACUGGAAGAUAAAUCUUUCGAAGACGACCUCUGCACGCUAUGGGACAUGACCGCCGAAAGAGACGUUGUGUUGUUUUUACAAAAACACGACAUGUUAAACUUGAUCAAUUUUGCUCUUCCAACGAUCGAGUCACCGCGUCUGAUAGAAAUAUUCAUCGGCAUUAUUGGAAACAUGUGUUGUCAGAUAGAAGUGGUGUCUGUAUUCCUCAAAAUGGAAGGAUUUUUGACAUUGCUUUUGGAAUUUGUCAAGUCCGAUGAUAGUUUGGUUUUGAUCCAACUUUUGCGAUUAGUCAAUUCCAGCUUAUUCCUCGUCGACCACAACAAUGUCUUUAUCUGGAUGGAGUUAUUCAAAAAGGUGGAAUAUUCUAAUGCACUGUAUUUUAUUCUUAAGAAUUCCUCCAAUAAAGAUCUGCUAGUGACAGCCCUAGAGAAUAUUAACACAAUAUGCUCGUACUGCAACACUGAAAAGUGUAGAACUGACUUUUUUACUCAUUUUGUAACUUCUGACGCUCUUGAGGCAUUAUCAAUAGCCUUGACAGAGAUUAUUAUUAGUCACAAAAGUACAAUACAACGUGACGAGAUGGAGCGAGUGCUGGUAAUUAGCUUGCAGACUACACUCAAUUUGGUCAGCUUUGACAAGUCCCAAGAAGUAUUUAAGGAUAGCAAGGAGAGAGUUGCUAUUAUAAUCAAUAUUGUGCUUAAGUAUUAUGAGAAUAAAAUUGUAGAUUUAAAGGAGGUGGAUUCUGAUCUUGUAGACUUGAUAGACUCGACCAACACUAUAAUCAGUACUUUAAAAGUAAGUGAAAUAAGCAGACCUGAGAAAUACUUCAUUCCUAGUUUUAAAAUAUUUAAGACUUUGAGACUGAUUGUGAACGAGGACUUGAAUGGAGUUUCUUCAUUUGAAGAAGAUGAUAAGGAGGAACUCAUGCAGUUCUCCAAACAGAUCAAAUGCCCGUUGAGUACUCUAUUAUGUAUUUAUUUAGGUAAUUGUUCAGAGGAGAACUUUAACAGGGCCCUGGACUUAAUUGAGACUGAUUAUGAAGAUAUAGUUAAGUUGGUGAAGGAUAAAGAUGUCAAGGAUCUUGUAACUAAAAGAGCAGCCAAUCACAGGACCCGUUUAAAAGAAAAUGUGGAUUCUUAAUAAAUCAUGCCCAAAUCA